AUAUGAGUCGUUACCUCCACACCCCCGCACACCUAUAUCAGACACCACCACUGGAUAACGCUUAGUUCGGACUUGCCACUGCGUCCAGUCGAGAACAGAACAGAGCGAAGAGAACCCGCGGAAACCACAGCUAGCAGGCAGAUGGACCUAAAGAUGGGAUCGCCGGCCGCCUUUCUCCUGAUGUUCUUGGUCUUCUUCUCAGCUACAAGGUGUAGAAGCUUAGCCAAGCCGCAGGAGCUUCUGGACAGACAGAUACAAGAGUUGGUUGAUGCCUUGAGCGAGCAGCCCUCUCUCUGGUACAACUACUACGACACUGGAGACUACGAGCCCAGGAUACUUGCCGACCGCUUCUCCAGAAACUCGAGACAAGAGCGCAAGCAGAGAAGAUUCGUGUUUCCCGGGCUUCAGGACUUGUUUCAGAGAGCCAAGUUGGCUUCUGGCGGCAACCCGUGGCGAGUGACUGAAAUGAUGUACACCAACGGAAAAACAGGGCGGAAGUGAUCGGAGGAACACAAACCACGAAACAACGCGAGAACAGAGGCUUGGAAACCGCGCAACUCGUGCUUACCUACACAAGUCUAAAGCACCAUAGAAUAUUUUAUUAUGUUGAUGUUUUGAUGUAAAAUAUUAUUCUGUGAGAUAUGUACUAAUGUGAAAAGAGAAUUGUAACUUGGUAUUUGAACUCAGGCUGCUAUGAUGUGAAACUUAGUAUAACUUGGCUUUUAUCUUUGAUGUUGGUUUAUAUGUGCUGCAAUAGAAUUUAUCGAAAUCCCUGCACACACUAACCUGUAGUAGUAAAGCAUCUUACUUGGUCAGUCGAUAUUAUGCAGAGAUAUAACGAGAAUCUAUUAAUAGUGUUAAAUACAGAAGCUUGCUGGAUUCUUUAACCAUGUUAAAGAGACUGGGACUGCAGAAUGAUACACACUUGUCGUUGGAUAUGUAAUAUUUGUGUCUUCAUACUUUACCUGGUUUGAAACCACAUUAAUUGUCUUUUUUGCUGAGAUGCAGCUGUGAAUGCUAUAAUAUAACAGUUAUAUAUGCACACGGUUACUCCUUUUUUCUCAUCAUUUCUCCAAAUUCUUGAUAUACAUGUAUGAAGGUUAUACAUGAAA